AACGGACAACUUCCCCCCCUACCAAUCACUCCAUAUAACUACAAAGGAGUGGCCAGAGGAUCUACAUGCACCGGACUUCCUCUGUCCAUCAUAGACAUUCAGGCUGCACUAACCGCACGAGUGGCUCCGCCUGAAAAUACAACAAUCAAGGAUAGAGGAGACAACUGGUGAAAAGGCUAUCUAUCCAGAACCUACGCAGGAUUACAAUCACCAUGGUUACACUGGACGUCAGGACACUGACAGUGCCUGUGGGCAUUGUGAGGAUACUAGAGGUGAUCUUCACCUGUAUCACUUUCAGCCUGGUGGCAUCAGUGGGGAACAGUAGUCUGUCCUUCUGGACGUGGUGCAUGUUCACAUGGUGCUUCUGCUUCUGCGUCACCUUACUCAUACUCAUCUUGGAAUUCACCAGCCUCAGUGCGAAGUUGCCCAUUUCCUGGGAUGACUUCACCUGUGCUUUUGCCAUGCUGGCUACUCUAAUGGUGCUCGCAGCUUCCAUCAUCUAUCCUACCUUCUUCGCUUGUUCUAACUGCGGCAAACAGAUCGGUGCCAGUGUUACUUCCUGUCUGGCCUUCAUUCUGUACGCCGUUGAAGUUGGGCUGAUCCGUGCUAAACCUGGUGAGAUUAGUGGAUUUCUGUCCACGGUUCCAGGUCUCCUCAAGGUUCUGGAGGCCUUUGUAGCCUGCAUCAUCUUCAUCUGCUUGGACGGGAACCGGUACACAAAGUUUCCAGGGCUCCAGUGGUGUGUCGCUGUCUACUCCAUUUGCUUCAUUUUUGCCGUCACUGUUAUUAUUUUUACCAUCUGCCGCCUUCUGUCUCUCUUCCCUGCACCAUUUGACAAAGUCCUGACGGGCUGCAACGUGUUGGCAGUUUUGAUGUACAUCACAGCUGUGGUUAUCUGGCCAUUGUACAGCUUCCAGAACAACCCAAAGCCGAGUGUCUGCCCGAGUUACGGCCUGGGUGGGAUUUUGUGUAAAUGGAAUCACUUAGUGGUGAUCUCCUUCAUGACUUGUUUCAACCUUGUUGCUUAUAUUGUGGAUACUGUUUAUUCCUUUAGGCUGGUCUUCUUUGUCAGCAGAACAUAGGUUGGGAAUGAGUCUGGAACUCAAAGAUCCCAUUUGUAACUACAUAUUUUAUUUCUCUGUUGUUUUCACGGUCACCACUCUUGUUUGUUGCAGAUUUGAUCUGAAUGAAUGUAACUUUUAUGUGCCAUGAUAAUGACAUGAAGCAACAAUGGCUUUGUCUACAUUCAAACUACAGAGAAGUGUAAUUCCAGUCUCUCCUCUUUCACUUUUUCAUCUUCCAUGAUUUUCAUCUGAUCCUUAUUUUAAUACAGCAUGUAUAUGACAUGAAUAUGAAUAAAAUGUAACAAAAAUG